CAGUUAAAAGAAACUGAAACUGUUCUGCUGUUGGUUGUGUGUCUGUAUUGCUGAAGACAGUAAAAUGGCUGAAGCCAGUGUUUUUUCAGUGGAGCAGUUCAGCUGUCCAGUGUGUCUGGAUCUCCUGAAGGAUCCUGUGGCCAUUCCCUGUGGACACAGUUACUGUAUGAGCUGCAUUACAGACUGCUGGGAUCAAGAGGAUCAGAAGAGAGUCUACAGCUGUCCUCAGUGCAAACAGACCUUCAGUCCAAGACCUGCUUUAGCUAAAAACACCAUACUGGCUGAAGUGGUGGAGAAACUGAAGAAGACCAAACUAAAAGCUGCUGUUCCUGCUGAAUCUGGAGACGUGGAGUGUGGCAUCUGUACUGGAAGAAAACACAAAGCUGUCAAGUCCUGUCUGGUGUGUCUGGAGUCUUACUGUAAAACUCACUUUGAGCGUCAUGAAGAGUUUCAUUCAGGAAAGAGACACAAAGUGACUGAUGCCACUGGACGACUGCAGCAGAUGAUCUGCCAGAAACAUGAGAAGCUUCUGGAGGUUUUCUGUCGUACUGACCAGCAAUGUGUUUGCAUGCUGUGUGCAAUGGAUGAACAUAAAAACCACGAGACUGUGUCAACUGCAGCAGAGAGGACAGAGAAAGAGAAACACUUGAAGGAGACACAGAGUGAAAUCCAGCAGAGAAUCCAGCAGAGACAGAAAGAUCUUGAGCAGCUGAGAGACGCUGUGGAGUCUCAUAAGCGCUCUGCACAGACAGCAGUGGAGGACAGUGAGAGGAUCUUUACUGAGCUCAUCCGCUCCAUUGAGAGAAGCCGCUCUGAGGUGACACAGCGGAUCAGAGAUCAGGAAAAGACUGCAGUGAGUCGAGCUGAAGGACAAAUGGAGCGACUGGAGCAAGAGAUUGAAGAUCUGAAGAAGAGAAACACUGAGCUGGAGCAUCUUUCACACACAGACGAUCACAUCCAUUUCCUGCAGAGUCUUCAGUCUCUCUCAGCUCCUCCUGAAUCUACAGAAAACAUCUCUGUCAGUUUCCUCUUUUCUUUUGAUGAUGUGAGAGAAUCUGUCUGUCAGCUGAGACACAAACUGGAAGAUUUCUGCAAAGAGGAGAUGAACAAGAUAUCUGUCACUCAUGGUAACCUUGUUCCAAGGACCAGAGAGGACUUCCUAAAAUGUAAGUCACUAACAAACACAAUGACACACACUAAGAUACUUCAUCUAGAAUCUGAAAUAGCAGCCACAUAUACUUUUAAAGUAGAUGGCGUGCAUCCAGAAUCCAAGCAGACCUGCAGAAACAAUUACAGACACAAACACUCCCAUUUCAAGCUAUACAGGUCUCUUAUCGAAGGACCUCUUGCUUCUGGAUUGUAUCAAAGACUCGCUGGAAAUCAUUUAGGACUCAUCCUCUGAGCUGACCUGCCAAACAUGCGGGUUCCAUAACUGAGCCCUUCAUCUGAGAUAAGUGAUUCCUCCGCAAACCAUGGCUGGUUGGGCCUAUUAGGUGCUACCAAGAACACAUUCUCACUUUCCUCUCUGACCUUGUGCAGCACUAUUGGCAUAAUCUUCACUGGAGGAAGAGCAUAGUCAAGUAGCAUCGAAAGAGAUGAGUUUUCAGCCAUCGCUUGAUAAUAGUCAGGGAUUCAGCAUUCCGGAUAGGGGUGGGAAGAUCAUUCCACAAGCCAAGAAUGGUUAACGAGAAUGUUCUGGAAAGUUGUUUUGAGCAUUUCUGUGAUGGUACCACAAGGCCUUGCUCACAAAUGGAUCCCAGACUUCUGAAGGAGAUGUAUAUUCGUAAUAGUGAGUGGAAGUAGGUGGAUGAUGAGCCUGUGGCUGUUCUUUAUGCAAGCAUCGAAGAACAUAGCUGGACGGUGGAAUCAUGCUGUAGGACUGGAGUGGCAAGGAAGACAAGAAGCUCAGUCUUUGCCAGGUUGAGCUGUAGGUGAUGUUCUUUCAUCCAUGCUGAGAUGCUUGCCCGGCAGUCUAAGAUCCAUACAGUGAUGUGAGGGCAGACACAAAGAUCUGAUGAUUGACAGUGUCAAAAGCUGCAGAUAGAUCCAGCAGAAUAAGAACUGAUGAUUUAGAAUCAGCUCUUGCAAUCCACAGGGCUUCCGUAACUGACAGUAGUGCAAUCUCAGUUGAAUGGCCACUCCUGAAACCCUACUGAUUAGCAUCCAGUUUGUUGUUCUGUAAAAGAUACAAUGAUACCUGGUUGAAAACAACUAAUUCGAGGUUUUUCGAGGUAGGCUUUAGGGCUGGGACGAUAAAUCGAUGCAGAAUCGAUUUGUGGAUUGAUUCUUAGAUUUUCAGAAUGCAUCGCGAUUCCUCUGGAAUCGAUUUUGAGCUUAGAUUUUAACAGCAUAUGGCACUCUAAUCUAGUUUUCAUCUGCACACUCAAAUGCUCAUGAAGAAGAGUACUAAAGAGUGCUUGUGCAUUCGGUCAUGUAGUCAUGUAAUUUCACUUCAUCUUAGAAUGCUUUUAUGAUGCAAGAUUAAUGUAAACACAGCCCACUUUGAACACCUUAAUAAUUCACUUCAACCUUUUUUUAUUUUAUGAAUGAUUAUUUUCGAUUCAAGUGUCUGUAAGGAUUUGGAAACGAGCAGAGUAUGGGUGUUUCUAAAGCAUGCAGUGCCAUCUGCUAUUCAAAACUAAGCUCAGAAUCUAUUCAAGAAAGAAUUGCGAUGCAUUCUCAUAAUUGAUGUAGAAUCAUUUCUCGAUUCACGAUGCAUUGAUUUAUUUUCCCAGCCCUAGUAGGCUUUAGUAACCGAGAGCAGUGCGGUCUCUGUUGAGUGGCCGGUUUUGAAGCCAGAUUGGUUGCUGUCCAUGUUCUGUGCAAGAAACAUAGAGAGUUGGUUGAAAAUAACUCUGUUUUUUCAGUUUGUGGUGCGGAGAACUGGUUGCUGAUGGUUGUCAUUUUAUUUAUGAAGAAUAUUGCGAAGUCAUCAGCAGUAUGAUUUGAUGAAGGAGGGGGGUGGAGGACAAAUAAGAAAAGGUUUUUAAAAGUGAGAGAGUAAGAACACUUGUUAAUUUUGUUGUGGUAGUAUAUUGUUUUAGCAGUGAAAACAAUUUAAGGGAAGGAAGAGAGGAGUGACUGAUAUACAUUAAGGACAGUAGAGUGUGUUGAUUUGUUCUCUAGAUUUUCAGUCUGUUAUGCUCGGAACCCAGAGAAACAGAGGAGACAAGAGAUCCAAACACAGUGGGGUAUUUAAUGGGUAAUCCAAAUCAGAAUCCAACAACCAGGGGUCAAAACCAUAAAUCCAUCAAAACACAAACAAACAGGGAAGGAACAGGAACAGGAAUAGGAACUGGGACAGGAAACUGGGAAGACGAGGAAACUCGGAAGGCGAGGAAACUGGGUGACGGAAAGAAAGGACUCCAUGAAGACAAACAUAAAAAGACCGGUUAAUAUAGGCAGGAUAAUGACUAUCAAGUGAAGACACCUGAGUGCAAUUAACAGGAGUGCAAUGACUGUGAUGAAGGGACAAGGCUUUGUGGGAAUUGUAGUGCCUACGGUGAGGUGCUUAUGGGGAAGUGAGACCACUAGAGGAGACUCAGGGAAACAGAGACCAGACAGCGUGACAUUACACCCUCCUCCACUGGGCAGCUACCAGAUGCACCACCUGAACACAAGAAGAGACCAAGGAAUGCAGAGACCAGAAGGGAGGUGGAGUGGCGGAGGACCAGGGGGAGGGACGGAGGACCAGGUAAAAUGGGGAAACAGAGACAAGAAGUGCAAAAAACAAA